AUUCACGCCAUUUCCUACACCACUAUAAAUGAGAAAAACGGUCCAUCUCUUAGACCAUCAUUUUCAAGGCAACUACCACAGAUUAUAUCUUAUACUAAGAUGUCAUUAUUUCAUGUCGUGUUCCUGCUGCUCACUGGGCCGGGUGUGAGUUUGUCUCAAGCUGAGCAGCCAACAGUCCCAUUUGGCUGCAGAUUUGGAAUUCCAAGACCAUACACUCUCUUAUGUGACCUGGAUGCUAUGUGGGGGGUGGUGGUGGAGGUCGUAGCAGCGGCUGGUGUAUUAGUUGCCAUUUUACUGCUGAUAGUGUUACUUUGUCGCCUGCACUCAGUGACUGAGGCACCAAAGCGAAGUGGCAUCGGUCCGAUUCUCUUACUGUUAAUGGGCAUUCUUGGGCUGUUUGGGCUUAGUUUUGCAUACCUUAUUGAGCAUAACGAGAGCAUUUGUUUGGUGCGACGUGCCCUCUGGGGUUUGUUUUUCUCACUCUGCUUUGCCUGCAUGUUAGCACAGGGCUUGAGGCUGCGCAGGCUUGCACGUGAGUCUCGUAGCCCAGGCGGGUGUGCCCUCGUUGGACUAGUGCUAGGGUUAACAGCAGUACAAGGUAUUAUUGCUGCAGAGUGGCUUCUUCUAACAGUGCUGCGGGAGGGUAACCCGGCUUGCGAGUAUCAGCAACUGGACUUUGCACUCGCUUGUGCCUAUGUGGUUGCACUCCUGCUGUCUGCCCUAGUAACUGCAACAUUAGCACUGUGUGGGAAGGCACGACAAUGGCACUGUAAUGUUGUGUGGCUUCUAAUCUCCUGCUUGCUGUCCAUUCUCCUGUGGGUGGCUUGGGUUGGUUUCUACGUCUAUGGAAACAAAGUACUUGGAAAGUCUCCGGACUGGGAUGAUCCAGCAUUGGCUGUGGCCCUGGUAGCACAGGGUUGGUUGUUAUUGCUGUGCCAUGCUGCUCCUGAAGCCCAUGCCUGUCUUCGAACACCAACUCAGCCUUCAGCUCCAGACUAUUUUGACACAUCUCAGAAUUCAUCACGCAUGAGAGAGGCCAGCCUUGAUGAGGACAUCCCACUUUCACACAGGCAGUUUGUGGAGAACCAGGGAUACGCGUUUGAUGAAAAUGCUGCAGGGUUGAGAAGUGGUAGCCAUCAUAACGGCAACACAGGAGCCAGACCCAGUGCACCCUUUAGAAGUAACGUCUACCAACCAACUGAGAUGACCAUGAUACUAAAUGGAGGAGCAUCAGUCAUGUUCAACGUUAUGUCGGCACUGACAUUAGGGGUUCCUAUGGAGAGUGUGCCAGGACAGAUGAACCUCAAUCCGUAA